GGUGUGAACAUGACGCCUGUCCGGGGAUUCGCCUCCCUCGUAGUGGCUGUUGCUGUGCUCUCCGCCAUGCCUGUUAGCAUGGUGGAGCACGCCGAAUUCCUGAAAGCUGGAAGGGAGCCUGGCCUUCAGAUCUGGCGGAUCGAGAGGUUCGACCUGGUGCCGGUGCCGAGAAACUCAUACGGGGAUUUCUUUACCGGAGAUGCCUACGUGGUCCUGAACACCAUCCGGCAGCGCAGCGGGAACCUGCAGUACGAUCUUCACUUCUGGCUGGGGGAACAGUGCAGCCAGGAUGAGAGUGGAGCUGCAGCCAUCUUCACUGUCCAGUUGGAUGAUUACCUUGGCGGCAAGGCGGUGCAGCAUCGGGAGGUGCAAGGACAUGAGUCUUCCACCUUUCUGGGGUACUUUAAACCAAGCAUCAAGUACAAAGCUGGAGGCGUGGCUUCUGGCUUCCGGCAUGUCGUUCCCAAUGAAGUGACUGUCCAGAGGCUUCUCCAGAUCAAAGGCAGGAGAACUAUCCGAGCGACAGAAGUCCCUGUCACCUGGGACAGCUUCAACACCGGCGAUUGCUUCAUCUUGGAUCUGGGCAGCAAUAUUCAUCAAUGGUGCGGCUCUCAGAGCAACCGGUUUGAAAAGCUGAAGGCCACCCAGGUCGCCAAGGGGAUCCGGGACAAUGAGCGAAGCGGCCGCUCCAGGGUCUACGUCGCAGAGGAAGGUGCAGAAAGGGAAGAGAUGCUUCAGAUCUUGGGACCCAAGCCCAGCCUUCCUGCGGGCACCACUGAUGAUGGACAGGCCGAUGCAUCCAAUCGGAGGUUGGCCAAGCUGUACAAGGUGUCCAACGGUGCAGGGACUAUGGCAGUUUCUCUGGUGGCCAAUGAGAACCCAUUCUCCCAGGCAGCCUUGAACUCAGACGACUGCUUUAUUCUCGACCAUGGCACCGAUGGAAAGAUCUAUGUCUGGAAAGGUAAAAAUGCCAAUGCUGAAGAAAGGAAGGCAGCCCUGAAAACUGCCUCUGAUUUCAUCACCAAGAUGGGCUAUCCCCGGCACACACAGAUCCAAGUCCUUCCAGAGAGCGGUGAGACUCCCCUGUUCAAGCAGUUCUUCAAGAAUUGGCGGGACAGGGACCAGACGGAGGGCUUGGGAGUGGCGUACAUCUCCGGUAACGUGGCCAAGAUUGAGAAGGUGCCCUUCGAUGCUUCCACACUGCACACCUCCCCAACGAUGGCGGCCCAGCAUGGCAUGGAAGACGAUGGCUCUGGGAACAAGCAGAUCUGGAGAAUAGAAGGUUCUGCCAAGGUGCCUGUAGAUCCUUCACAUUAUGGCCAGUUCUACGGCGGAGACAGCUAUAUCAUCUUGUAUGAUUACAGGCAUGGAAACAAGCAGGGGAAAAUCAUCUAUACUUGGCAGGGUGCUGAUUCUUCCCAAGAUGAGAUCACAACUUCAGCUUUUCUUAGUGUCCAGCUGGAUGAAGAACUGGGUGGCACACCUGUACAGAAACGAGUGGUCCAGGGCAAAGAACCACCUCAUCUCAUGAGCUUGUUCGGUGGAAAACCUCUGAUUGUGUACAAGGGUGGCACCUCCAGAGAAGGUGGGCAGGCGAGCCCUGCACCGACACGGCUGUUCCAAGUCCGGUCCAGCACUUCUGGAGCUACCAGGGCAGUGGAGGUGGAUCCAGCGGCCAAAGAACUCAAUUCUAAUGAUGCCUUUGUAUUAAAAACUCCCUCUGCUGCUUACCUCUGGGUGGGCCAAGGGGCCAGCGAUGCAGAGAAGUCUGGGGCCCAGGAGCUGUUGAAGGUUCUGGGUGUGAGGGGGACCCAGGUCACUGAGGGUCGAGAACCAGACAGCUUCUGGGAAGCUCUGGGUGGGAGAGCCCCAUAUCGCACUUCCCCACGGCUGAAGGACAAGAAAAUGGAUGCGCAUCCACCUCGGCUCUUUGCCUGUUCCAACAAGAGUGGACGCUUUGUUAUUGAAGAAGUCCCUGGAGAGCUGACCCAAGAGGAUUUGGCCACAGAUGAUGUGAUGCUUUUGGAUACCUGGGACCAGGUCUUUGUGUGGAUAGGAAAAGAUGCCCAAGAAGAGGAAAAGACAGAGGCUCAGGCAUCGGCAACACGAUACGUCGAGACCGAUCCUGCCAACCGCGACAGAAGAACCCCCAUCACCAUCAUCCGGCAAAGUCACGAGCCACCCACCUUCACCGGCUGGUUCCUGGGCUGGGAAGAUGAUUACUGGAGCACGGAUCCUUUGGAGAGGGCUCUGGCAGAGCUAGAUGGAUAAAC